UUUCAGCAGCUCGAUCACCGCCGAGCCGCAGAAGGCAGAAGCCGCGGCGCGCGGGGACGAGAAACAAGCCAGAGCCUUGUGGUAGACGCUACGCAACGGCGUUCGAGCAACCCCACCUUUGUUAGUGCUUUUAGCGCCGUGGCAGCGAGAACAGCUGCGAGGAGCGGGGUUGAGUCUGGCAGGGUUGCGGCGCUAGCGGGCGCCGAAUACCGCCAAGAAAGACUCCAGUGACCUUCCCAGUGACCUUCGCGAACAUGGACGAGAAUUCUGAAGAGGACGAACAGGAGCGCAAGAAGCGUCUCAAGCGGGAAGCGAAUAGACGCUCCGCACAACUGUCGAGGCAGCGAAAAAAGGCCUUCGUCGAGGACCUCAAAGCCAAAAACGCCGAGUACCUGCACGCAAGGAGCGUCCUCACCAGUGCAUAAAUCAAUAUGUCGUGACGCGUCUCCACCACUACUGAAUCAUGACCUCCACGCCAUCGUCACGACGAUGGCGUGACGUUGUGGUCUACUACCGCUCUGCACCCGACUCACUGUUUGAUUUCCGCACAGGUCCUCGCCUGCCAUCCCGACGCCGUCUUCGCGACCGACGGGUCUGGCGUCAUCGCUUACGCCAAUCCCGCGGCGGCGAAGCGCGCACAUGCCGACGCGACGCGAUUGACCGGAACCUCGUUCCCAAACCUCCUGGACCAGGACUCGCGGCGCCGCUUCGUGGCCGCGCUGCGGGAAUCCGAGGGCGCGCCACCGUCGACGUCCAUUUCGCUGGGCGGUCCGCUGCAACUGAUGAAAAACGGCGCCCUCGAGGUCACCGUCGAGUGCGCGGCGGCGCCGCGGCCCGACGCGCCCGAGGAGCGCUUCGCCGUCGCGGCGGGCCGGCCCGCGCGAAAGCGUGCGCGGGCCUGAGCGGCGUCAAACUACUCUCUCAGUAGAGCCUAAAGAUACGAUACAUCACAUUACGCACGUCUAGCCGCGAAGAGGUGCGCCAGGGAGGAGC